UUCCUUGCUUCCCAAGGAGGAAGCCCUAUUUAUACAGCAUUCUAAGCCUCUAGCACUAAUAACGAAGUCAUGAUGAUGACAUGGUGUGACCAUUGUUGCAGGGAAACUCUAACUAGAUUUGAAGUGAUUGUCAUGUCUUGUGACUACUGUGGUAAGAUUCUAGCAGACUUGUAUCCACAGUAUCAAAACCCUAGAACAAUAGGGAGAGGGGAAAAGACUGAACAUGGGAAAAAGCUAAAGCUAAGUGAAGAAGACACAACUUCUAAUUCUAUGAGUUCUCAUAUAAAAGAAUGUAGGCAAGAAAUAUGUUCUGAGACAGGUCAUACAUCUCAUAAUAAGAAUUGCGUGCAACAAAUCGGUCUUCUGAUAGCAGCCUCUGAAGAUAAAUAAUACAAGCACCUGCAGCGAGGAGAUUAAUCACUAUUGUCGGUGGUGGAUACUUUUGGGUUUAGUGUUACUCACUAUAAUAUAGAUUAACUAUUUUGCUUGACAUUGUUUAGAGUAGGGUGACUCUUCCUAAAAAAGCUAAUAUUUGUUGCCAUAUGUAGGAUAGAGUUUACUCUCUUGUAUCUAGUUUUCUUGUACUCUUCUAUAAAGUCUUACUACAAGCCUACAUUCAAUUUUAUAAUCACUUAAGUUUUAGGAUUAUAACCAUUCUUGUUUUCGUAAUAUAAGGAUUGUGGAAGAAAAUAUGUCUUGUGAUUUAUUCUAUUCAUGAAUAAACUUCUUAUCAGAAAUGCAUUACACUUAAGGUUAAAA